AUGGCAAACAAGUUUGGAUUAGGGUCUUUACCUCUAGAAUCUAAAAAUCCCAUGAGUUCUACGGCGUUUAUAAACAAAGCGAAACCUUUUUUCGUGGAUCAAAUCGGAGACACCUUACAAGGGGAUAUCCUUAUGAACAAUUUCAAAAUAACUAAUUUAAAGUUUCCAGGAAACGAUAACGAUGCCGUGAACAAGAAAUAUUUACUGGAUCAAAUAAACGCAAUUCAAAUAGAUAAGGACCAUGUUGAAAAUAGAAUAAAUGACGUGAAAAGAUACAUCAGACGAAAUAUUAAAAAUCUUGUGGACGAACCCAAACUACAACAAGAGUUAACGAGUUUGAAACGUCUUAUUCAAGUGGAUAAAACAAGUCAGUUGCAAAAUUUAAUAUCUAAAUUAGACGAUAAGAUUACGAAGGUAAAAAUAGACGUCCAACGUUUAAUAGACAACCCAAAUGUAAACGAGGAUAGAUUGAAACGAAAACUAACUGCUUUGGAAAGAAAACUUGGCGAAUUGCUAGCAGAACUAGACAAGACCGCGGACAAAACCGAGUUACAAAAUUCGAUAUCCAAUUUGAACGAAAAGAUCGCGAAGCAAAAAUCAGAUGUUCAAGAUAUAAUUAACACACUUCCCAUAGACAAAGAUACGUUGAAACGACAAUUGACUGCUUUGGAUACUAAAAUCACGGACGAAUUAGAAAAAGAAGUGGGUGUGAUUAAAAACUUUCUUCAAAAUAAAUUUCGAGAUAAGAACAGAAAAGACCAAAUUUAUAAAUCAAACAAAUACGGAUUCAAAGCAGAAAUAAAAGUAGGUUCUCUCGUAUACGGAGAACCUAAAAACGUAUUCGAUAUCGGCGAAACGCAAGCGUUUACUUUUCGAGGUAAUUGUCUGAUUCAAAUAGAGUUUCCCAUGAAGGUUAAAGUCAAUAAAGUAGUCUUCAAACAAACCGGUAAGGCCGUUAAACAUAGUUCAUUAUUCAAUGAUGGUAAUUUGGAAGAGAAUAUACGUUUGAUUGAUAAAAGGGAUCAGGAAAUGGAAACGAAAAAUGGUAAAUAUGUAGACACCUUUAAAAUGGAAGUAGAAAAUGAUAAGGAUAUCAUUGGAAUCAAAGAUUUGGAUAUGAUAUUGGAGACGGAAAAUCCACCAUUAACCAACAUUGUCAAAAUUCCACCAUCACUUAUAAUACCCGUAUACGUACCCGGACCAAUAGAAUCGAGCAGUCACGAGUUUUUACGAACAACAGACUUUGAAUACGUAAAACUGUAUUUUGUUUACGAUGGAAAAUACACCUUGAUCAAUGUUCAUAAAAGUCAACAAGAAAGAGAGUUUAUAGUACAUUUAUCGUUUGCCGAAGGUUCCGACUCCAUCCAUGAAGGUGGUGGUUUUAUUUCUAGAGCCAAGAUAAACAUCGAAAAAGAAAAAAGAAAAUAUUCCUAUCAUCUUAAAGAGGACCAUACGAAAAAAGAAAUGUCGUUAGUACGCGUAAAUGUUUUUACUUUUAAUACCCGCAAAUAUAAUAAUUCUAGGCCAAACAAGCAUGCUCUAUACGAUAUUCCGUGGUUCCAUUUAUCGGAAAUUCACUUAAUUUAA